CCGAUAAAUCAAACGCAGAUGUUGAAGCAAAGACGGCCCACUUCCCCUCUUCUGUCACCCACGCGGUCGUCCAGCGCCGUGGAGUGAGGCUGAGCAGCUUUUGGUCAAAAAAGGACGGACCUGAUUAAAGGGAAGCUUUUGUCCCAGAAUCACUGGAGUCACAGAGUUUGGAUCCGGGUUCAUGGAGUCUUCUCUUGAGUUCUCCAGCUCUCUGGGCAGCGUGUCCUCCCUGAUUAGCCGCUGUCGGACCUUCAAGGUGCUGGUGAUUGGAGACUCCGGCGUGGGGAAGACCUGCCUGACGCACCGACUGUGCGCCGGGGAGUUCCUCCGCAGGACUGAGGCCACGAUCGGGGUGGACUUCCGCGAGAGAGCGCUGGAAGUUGAUGGAGAGAAAAUAAAACUCCAGCUGUGGGACACGGCAGGACAGGAGCGCUUCCGGAAGUCCAUGGUGCAGCACUAUUAUCGGAACGUCCACGCAGUGCUGUUUGUUUACGACGUCACCUGUCCGGCCAGUUUUGAUGGGCUGACCGCCUGGGUGGAAGAGUGUCGGCAGAACUCUCUGGGUCAUGAAAUACCCAAGUUCCUCAUUGGGAAUAAGAGCGACCUCCGUGAUGCCGGCAGAACCGACAGCCAUGUGAGCCAGGAGCUGGCGAUGAACUUCGCCAAGGCUCGUGGGAUGGUUUUCUUUGAGACUUCUGCCAAGGACCUGCCUAAGAAACGCUUAAACGGACACCGAGAUGAAGGAGAGGAGCUGCUUCGGCGGAGUGAAGUGGAGGACAUUGUCACUGCCGUCGGGACGAUGCUGAAGAGACACAAGACACUAGUGGCUAACUCUCCAGCGUACAGCGGAUCUUUUAAAGUUCACAGGAGAAAGCGGGAAAAGGAGCCGUGGAGUUGCUGCUGAGACCGGUUCCGAUUCCCUCUGCACUCCACCCCUCCAAGUUGAAACUGUGACUCUAUGGCUUUUUAAUAUGAGCAUCUAAAUGUAAAAAUUCACCUUGUGAUUCAUUUUGACCAAUGCCAAAUGUUUUUUGUAAGAGCUUUGAUUUUCAUAAUGAUGUAUUCCUUGAAAUUUUUCUGUAUAUUUGUGAUCUUAUUGUUUCAAAAUAAAAGACUGUUGAUUCAAACAUC